AUGCAUUUCCUAGAUAGGCUUAAUAGCUGGAAUUUAUUGUGUGAAAUUGUGUUUGGAGAAGAAGCUUGUUGUCCACAAGAAUUGAUCGAGACCGGGAGGAGAAUUGCAGAAAACUGCAAAGGUCUUCCUCUAUCUAUUACUGUGAUUGGAGGGCUCCUAGCAAAGUCGAGACAAACAGCAAGAUAUUGGCAAGAUGUAGCAGAAAAUUUUGAUUCUAUUGUUAACUUAGAGAACAGUGAAUAUUGCUUGCGAAUAUUGUACAUGAGUUAUGAUAGUUUGCCCGUUCAUCUGAAGCCAUGUUUUCUGUAUACGGGAAUCUUCGGAGAAAAUACCCACAUUCACGUCUCCAACCUAAUCAAACUCUGGGACGCAGAGGGAUUUCUAAAACCGGAUCCAGGUAGAAGCCUUGAAGAGGUAGCAGACAAGUAUUUGGGAGAACUUGUUGACAGAAAUCUCAUUUUAGUUGAAAAACGCAACUAUAAUGGUAAACUAAUAUCUUGCAGGAUCCACAAUCUUUUGAGGGACCUCUGCUUGAGAGAAGCUCGUAAGCAAAAGUUCUUCUUCAUUGCAGGUGUGCACAGUCUCCAAAUCCCACGAGAUAUACUGUCUGAACGCUGCAUCUGUAUUCAAGAGAGAAGAAGCAUUGACCUGGCUGAUAACUUUGAUGAAUUGAGAUCUUCAGCAGUUGCUCGUUCCUUGAUGUGGGAACAUGAGCAACCUAAUUUACCAACUGUUUUUAGAUUGCUGCGUGUGUAUGCAGCUGAUGCUACAAUAGGUUCCUUGCCUCUUCUUGAGAUUCUCAAGCUCAAAUAUGAUUCCUUCAUUGGGUCUGAGUGGAAAACCGUUGAAGGGCAGUUCCUUAGUCUUAAACUGUUGGUGAUCGAAAGGUGUCAUGAACUAGAAACAUGGAUUACAGAGAAAACACAUUUUCCGCGCCUUAAGCACCUUGUUCUUCGAGGAUUACAAGAGCUGAAGGAGAUCCCAUCGGAUAUUGGAAACAUAGACACACUCAAGUCAAUUGAGUUGGUGGAUUGCAGCGAUUCUUCUGUUAAUUCUGCUGAAGAGAUACGAGAUGAGCAAGAGUCAUAUGGAAAUGAGGAUCUUCAAGUUCACAUUCCCUCUGAAAAAGAGGUUUGA